AUGGCCAUUUUUAAAGGACGAUCAUUUAUCUUAUUUCCAAAUAAUGAAGUGUCAUCGAUAAAUAUUUUUGAAAACUUGAUCAAGAAUAAUGGCGGUAAAAUAAUUGAAUAUGAACAUGAUAUCACUAAUGCAAGCCCUGAUAUAAAUUACGGAUACAGUCAUAUCAUAGGUUUGGUAAAUGAUUCAUAUUUAACAUUAAAUAACAAUAAGUAUGAGAUUUAUGAAAAUAAUUUACUCUUGAAUGAAAUGGACUUAAACAAAAGGAAAUUAUGGGAAUUUGUAAAGAAAAAUAAUAUUACGUUAGUAAAUAUUAGUUCUGUAAGUUUUUGGUUGAAGGUAAAAAAAAUAUUAAUAAAUCAAGAUAAUAUAAUAACUAUCACAAAGGAUCCAGGUCUACAUUUGGAAGAAAUUUCAACAUCUGAUAGUUGCAAUCAAAGUACUAGUGAAUGCGAAACAGAUAUAGGAGAUAUAAUAAAUGAACUUGUUAAAUGUAAUUCUGGAUCUUCAAAAAAUUUAAAUUCCAAUCUAAACAAUGCAGAUAAUGUAGGCGAGGUAAGUUCAUCAGGCACACUUCAUGGUUUAAAAAAUGAAGUUAUACCACAGUAUAAUAAUGAGAUUGAAGAAGAUAAUAAAUCAAUAAGUGCAUCUUCACUUGCAAGAAAUACUAAUGGAAAUGAAUUAUUAAUUAAGACUCUGGAUAAACUAUCGAAAAUACAUACUAUACGUGGAGAUGAAUUUCGAAGUAGAGGUUAUAAAUUAGCAAAAAUAUCAGUCUCUAAAUAUCCCCACAAGAUAAAAUCUGCCAAAGAGGCUCAGGAAAAAAUACCUCAUAUUGGAGCAAGUAUUGCUAAAAAAAUAGAAACUUUAUUAAAAACCGGCAAAUUACCAGGAUUAGAAAUAGCUUCGAAAUUAGAGUCAAGAAAGGAAUAUUUUUCAAGCUGUUAUGGCAUAGGGCCUGUAACGGCAGAAAAUUGGGAUUCUCUUCAAAUAAAUAGUUUAAAUGAAGCUCUUAAAAGAUUUCCUAAAAUAUUUCAGCAUGAUUGGUCAAUCUUAUUCGGAUGGAAGUAUUACGAAGACUGGAACAAAAAAAUCCCCAGAUCAGAAUGUGUUAAGCAUAUGCAAAUAAUAAAAGAAGAAUUGAAACUUCUUGAUGAUAGCAUUGAAUGUGAAAUUCAAGGUAGUUUUCGACGUAAUCGUGCAUUAUGCGGUGAUAUUGAUAUUCUAUUUUAUAAAAAGGAAUGUGACGAUAUUUCUGACUUAUAUGUUGUCCUGGAAAUGCUAGCAAUAAAGCUUUAUAAGAAAAAGUAUAUCAAAUGUUUUUUACAACUCAGCAAGAAUAUUAAUCUGGUCUUUGAUAAUGAAAUUCAAACCACACUUCAGAAAGCAGGGAUAAGUAACAAUGAAUUCCGUUCAAUAUCGUUAACAAAUAGACCUAAGUUAUUCUUAGGAGCUAAAUUAUCUACUACGAUUCCAGAAUUUGAUACAUCAUUAUAUACCAUUAAUCCUGAAAUAGAUGUUAAAUUACAUUCAGAAGAUAAAUAUAUGUCAAGUAGUGUUCAAGCAAAUUCUGUCUCUCAUGCUUUAGAAGAAUACCCUUGUAGAAGAAUAGAUUUCUUUAUUUGUAAAUGGUCCGAGAUUGGUGCCAGUAAACUUCAUUAUACGGGUUCUGGUGAAUUUAACAGGGAAGUAAGAAAGAUAGCAAUUUCGAAAGGAAUGAAGCUAACACAGCAUGGUUUAUAUCAAAACGAUAUUUUAUUGGAAUCAUUUAAUGAAAAACGUAUAUUUGAUCUACUUGAUAUCCCCUUUAUUGAACCUCCAGACAGACAAGAGUUAAAGUUUUAA